CACAAAUCACACCACAACCACUAACAUUUUCGUUUUUCGAGUUUCGGGUCAAAAUUUUAUUUUAGAUUUUGAGGAUAUCGCACCUUUUUAAAGUACGAUACUGUACUGUGCCUUACAGACGGGAAGUAACUUGUACCGCGUACGUACCAGUGCCGCUACUGUUACCUCUUUUGACGACCGCAACCGGUAUCCUACCGUACGGUAGGGUCGGAGCUACAGUUCAUCUUUGGUAUUCUUGACCUYUAUGUACUAGUGGAAUGGGAUGUUCCCAUUAUUUUGCUUUCAUUUUCAUCCGAAACCACUUCUAAUGCACUUGCGGAGAUUAGAUUGCCAAUCUAAAUCACGAUGCCACCUCCUUCAYCCAAUAAAUCUUUGAACCUGGUGGGAUGCUUCCUUGCUGGUGUUACUUCGGCGGUUGUAGCCCGGUGGCUCUUCGACCGAUGUCGGAAAAGUUCUGUAUCAGCAUCUAUUGCUUCUGGUGACAGGAAAAAAUCUUCAUCGUCACCAUCURCGYCCGMAGUGCCCGAAGAUUUGCGACAAGAACAGUUGUCACGACACGCCCUAUACUUUGGAAACAAAAACAUGGAUUUGAUCCGAUCUUCUAAUGUUUGUGUCGUCGGUUUAGGUGGGGUAGGUUCUCACUGUGCUUUAAUGUUGGCUCGAGGUGGAGUCGAGCGGAUUCGACUGAUUGACUUUGACCAGGUCACGCUUUCCAGUUUGAAUCGACACGCAUGCGCAACGCUUAAAGAUGUCGGUACUUCCAAAGUCGAAUGCGUCAAAAAGACAUGCUUAGAACUUGGUUUGGCCCCUGAACAAAUCGAUGCCCGUGUCGAAAUGUAUACGAAGGAAACGGGACCAGAUCUUUUGAAUUUGGCGUCAAUGCCUGCAAAAAAYGGUGAAAAAGUCGAUGGCAAUAAAAAAUGGGACAUAGUCGUCGAUUGUAUUGACGAUGUUCCCACGAAAGCKGCACUAUUGACAUAUUGCAUUCGAAACAAAAUACGAGUAUUAUCCUGUAUGGGUGCCGGUGGAAAGAGCGAUAUGACACGCUUGCAUAUUUCUGAUUUGCGUACCUCGGCGAAAGAUCCUCUAGCUAGUAAACUACGACAGACAAUAAAAAAGACUAUGAAAAAAUUCGACGCGGAAGAAAGAGAAAAGGAAAACGUUGACAGUGACAACAACGACGAGAAAAGCAGCGUCGACGAGUCGUACCUCGACGACAUGGAUCAGCUUACAAUUAUAUUCAGUUCUGAGAARACUGUUGCCAAGCUCGCUGAUCUGACGGARGAACAAAAGAUAGAAGGUGAUAAAUCACAAUUCGGUGCGGUCGAUGGAAUGAGAAUACGAGUACUUCCCGUUCUAGGACCUAUGCCAGCCAUCAUGGGACAGGUAAAUYGAAUAUCUUUGUUGUUCUACUUGGCACUCCAAUGGUWUGUGAAUCGCACUCCCCUGUCCUCUCACUAACUUUACCUGACUCUUUAGUCUCUGGCAGCCAUAACGCUGUGCGAAUUAGGCAAUAAAAAGAUACAGAACCCAGUCACAGGCGAAAGAAUCGGGAGAAACAUCCGACACAAGAUAUUUCAGCAGUAUUGCAGUCGAGAAAAAAAGAUUGCGAGUGGCGAGUUGAAAAUCGCUCAGGAUGACAUCUACACGGGGCCAAUAGAAAUUGAUAGCGACGAUGUUGAAUACCUCUACGGAGUCUGGAGAAAUCGAUGCGGUGUGACCGGGCAAAAAAUAGGUGCCGUCCUUGGUCUGGCUCGUUGGGACUAUUCCAAGCCAUCAACGGCGGACAAUCUCGUCUUGAUGAGCAGGCCCGCCCUACAGCGAUAUGACGAGAAGGGUAGAGAUUCUAUAGAUUCGAAGAUACAAGUACGCAUCGAAGACCGCUUGGCGGCAGCCCGUGACUUAAAUCGUGACAUGUAAUUUUUUAACAGUCAAAAASGAUAGCUCSSCUGCUCUGACCAUGUUGGCUGCGAAGAUAAAAAAUUCCAUCACGGAUCAACUAAGGUGUCGUUAUGUGAUAUUAUAAAAUGAAUUGACACAU